AUGUCCAUCGACUUGUCCACCAUAGUCUCCCUCGAAUUGAUACAGAAUCUCCAGAACCCCAAGUCGAAGGAGAGCUUGUUCGGCCUCAUGAACGCGACACUCACCCCGAUGGGAAGCAGACUGCUCCGGGCCAACAUCCUCCAGCCCUCCACCGAGGAGUCCAAGUUGCUGGCGCGGUAUGAUGCCGUCGAAGACCUGUCAACGAAGGAGGAGAUGUUUUUGUCCGUCCGACAAGCGUUGAAAGGCUUUGUCGAUGCAGAUAAAGCGCUCUCGUCGAUCUGCGCUCCAGCGAGCCAUCGUGCCGUCGAAGACAUGAUUGAGACCACUCUCAAUGAACAUGUGGCUUAUCAGACCAAGCCGCUUGACCUCAGGAACCAGAGGAUCUACUGUGUCCGGGCCGGCGUGAACAGUCUCCUCGACGUCGCCAGACAGACAUACAAAGAGGCCAACAUGGACGCAACAGAGCUCGUGUCCAAACUCCAAGAAACCCACGAUAUCACAUUAGACCUCAAGUACGACACCGCACGCCAAUACUACAUCAGCAUCUCCGCCGCCGAGAUAGCCACCACCCUCCCAAACGUCUUCAUCAACGUCUACCGCAAGAAGAACCGCAUCGAAUGCCAGACCCUCGACCUGGUCAAGCUCAACCAGAAGAUCGUCGACGCCCACAACGAAGUCCUCAACAUGAGCGACCAAACCAUCCAAGACCUCAUCGCCUCCGUCUGCCUCUCCAUCUCGCACCUCUUCAAAGUCAGCGAGGCCAUCGCCCUGCUCGACAUGCUCGCGGCCUUUGCCCACCUCGCCUCAGCCCACGACUACAUCCGCCCCGAGCUGACCGACACCCUCGCGCUCAGAUCCGCCCGCCACCCCAUCCGCGAGAAGAUCCACACAAAGAAAUUCGUCCCCAACGACGCCUACGCCACCGACACCUCGCGCUUCCAGAUCAUCACCGGCUGCAACAUGAGCGGCAAGUCCACCUACAUCCGCACCAUCGCCCUCACCACCGUCAUGGCGCAGGCCGGCUCCUUCGUGCCCGCCGCCUACGCCUCCCUCCGCAUCGCAUCCCAGCUCUUCGCCCGCGUCUCCACCGCCGACGACCUCGCCGCAAACGUCUCCACCUUUGCCGCCGAAAUGCGCGACAUGGCACGCAUCCUGCGCGCCCUCGACCCCCGCGCCCUCGUCAUCGUCGACGAGCUCGCCCGCGGCACCUCCACCACCGACGGCCUCGCCAUCGCCCUCGCCCUCGCCGAGGCCCUCAUCGAGAGCCGCGCCCGCGUCUGGUUCGUCACCCACUUCCACGACCUGGUGGCCAUCCUCUCCGAGCGCGCCGGCGUCGUCGCCCUGCACCUCGCCGCCGACCUCGCCCCGGACGCUUCCAAGAUGACCAUGCUCUACCGCGUCGCCGAGGGCCCGGACACCACCCGCUUCUACGGCCUUGCCCUCGCGAAGCUCGUCGACCUGCCCGCCGCCGUGCUGGACACCGCGCAGGCCGUCUCGGCGCAGAUGAACGAGCUCGUCCGCCGCCGCCAGAGCCGUUCGCGCGCGGCGGCUGUCGCCCGCAAGCGCAAUUUGAUCCUCGCGCUGAGGGAGCAGCUUGUCCAGGCGCGCGAUGCGAACAUGUCCGGCGACGCGUUGCGCGGCUGGCUGCGCCGGCUGCAGGAUGAGUUUGCGCUCAAGAUGGCGGCCAUUGAUCAGGAUGUGGCGGCGUUUAGCGACAGUGACGCGCAGUCGAUGGUCUUGCAGCGGACGGAGACGGUGUCGGACGGGGAGCAGGAGCGUCUGGACGAGGAGUCAGAGAGCGUGGUGACAGAGGAACGUCCUGUCAUUGAGAUCUCGUCGGACGACGUUUCGAACAGCGGAACUUCCAUUGAUUAA